CCUCUCUCUCUCCUCUCCCAGUAUGUUUGAUGUAGUUGUGACCUCUCUCUCCUCUCCCAGUAUGUUUGAUGUAGUUGUGACCUCUCUCUCUCCUCUCCCAGUAUGUUUGAUGUAGUUGUGACCUCUCUCUCUCCUCUCCCAGUAUGUUUGAUGUAGGUGGCCAGAGAGAUGAGAGGAGAAAAUGGAUCCAAUGCUUUAAUGAUGUGACUGCUAUCAUCUUUGUGGUUGCCAGCAGCAGCUACAACAUGGUCAUACGAGAAGACAACAACACCAACAGGCUACGGGAAGCCCUGGAUCUCUUCCGCAGUAUCUGGAAUAACAGGUCUGUUAUAUGUUGUAGAACAACAAUCACUAGAGCGAAACAUUCCCAUUUAAGCCACCAUUUUCUGACGGGGUGGAUUCGGACCAGCGGGCAUAUGAAGUGUAGAAGGAGGAAGUUGCUAUGGAACCCUGACCUGUUCACCGGACGUGCUACCUGUCCCAGACCUGCUAUCUGUCCCAGACCUGCUGUCUGUCCCAGACCUGCUAUCUGUCCCAGACCUGCUAUCUGUCCCAGACCUGCUAUCUGUCCCAGACCCUGCUACCUGUCCCAGACCUGCUACCUGUCCCAGACCUGCUACCUGUCCCAGACCUGCUAUCUGUCCCAGACCUGCUACCUGUCCCAGACCUGCUAUCUGUCCCAGACCUGCUACCUGUCCCAGACCUGCUACCUGUCCCAGACCUGCUACCUGUCCCAGACCUGCUACCUGUCCCAGACCUGCUACCUGUCCCAGACCUGCUACCUGUCCCAGACCUGCUACCUGUCCCAGACCUGCUACCUGUUCACCGGACGUGCUACCUGUCCCAGACGUGCUAUCUGUCCCAGGCGUGCUAUCUGUCCCAGGCGUGCUAUCUGUCCCAGACGUGCUAUCUGUCCCAGACGUGCUAUUCUGUCCCAGACGUGCUAUCUGUCCCAGACGUGCUAUCUGUCCCAGACGUGCUAUCUGUCCCAGACGUGCUAUCUGUCCCCAGACGUGCUAUCUGUCCCAGACGUGCUAUCUCGUCCCAGAC